AUGCCUGUUGAAAAUCACAAUCAAUUAAACUUCCCUCGCCUUCGCUGCAGAUUAAACGUCCUGCGUAGGCGUUUUGCUCGUGGCGCAAUUUGCUGCGCAAAUCGGCCUAUAAAUAGUGUCGCCACUUUUCGAACACCACAUCCAGUAUUCCGCAUCCGGUUAGGCCACCCGGUAGUUGUCAGCUUGAGAAAACAACUCAAUAACCCACGCCGUGUCCCCGAGAUGCAGUCCGUCACAGUCGUCGUCGUCGUUGCCGUACUGCUGUCCGUGUGUACGCUUGGCUGUAUGGCCCAGUACGGUGGGUAUGCACCGCACCCGAAACCAGCCCCGAAACCGGCCCCGGUCUACCAUCACGCCCCUGCACCGAUGCAUCACGGUGGAGCGUAUCAUGGCGGUAAGGGAGGACAUGUGCCGUGUGGCGCAAAUCUGCUCGUGUCCUGCUCACCCCACGUGGCACACGUACCGUGUGUGCCAGCCCACGGCCAUGGAGGACAUCAGCAACACGGUGGCUAUCAGCACGGUGGAUACCGAGCGUUCGACCAGGCCGAAACGGAAGCCGACGAAUGAGUUGCUGCGAGUUGAAGGAAGACCCAG